CAGCCGCUUUCCCACGCCUUCCGCGCCAUGGAUUUCAACAUGAAGAAGCUGGCCUCGGACGCGGGCGUCUUCUUCACCCGGGCGGUGCAGUUCACGGAGGAGAAACUAGGCCAGGCGGAGAAGACUGAGUUAGAUGCACACUUUGAAAAUCUCCUGGCCCGGGCAGACAGCACCAAGAACUGGACGGAGAAGAUUUUACGACAGACGGAAAUCCUGCUCCAACCAAACCCUAGUGCCAGAGUCGAGGAGUUCCUGUAUGAGAAGCUUGACCGGAAGGUGCCCUCCCGCGUUACCAACGGAGAACUUCUGGCUCAGUACAUGAUUGAAGCGGCCAACGACUUUGGCCCCGGUUCCCCUUACGGCAAAACUCUCAUCAAAGUUGGCGAAACCGAGCGGCGUUUGGGGGGAGCUGAGAGGGACUUCAUCCACGCGGCUUCCGUCAAUUUCCUGAGUCCUCUGCGCAACUUCCUGGAGGGAGACUGGAGGACCAUUUCGAAAGAGAGACGGAUCCUGCAAAACCGUCGCCUGGACCUGGACGCUUGCAAAGCUCGGCUGAAGAAAGCGAAGGCUGCAGAGGCCAAGGCUGCGGCCGUGCCCGACUUUCACGAGACUAGACCGCGUAAUUACGUUCUCUCCGCCAGCGCAGCCGCGCUUUGGAGUGACGAGGUGGAAAAAGCCGAACAUGAGCUUCGACUGGCCCAGACGGAAUUUGACCGGCAGUCAGAAGUGACUCGCCUUCUCUUGGAAGGCAUUAGUAGCACGCAUGUCAACCACCUCCGAUGUCUCCAUGAGUUUGCCGAAGCUCAGACCACAUACUUUGCCCAGUGCUACCAGUACAUGUUGGACCUCCAGAAGCAGCUGAGCAGGCUGCCGGGGACGUUUGUGGGCAACGCAGAGUCGACGUCACCCCCGCCGAAUGCAGCCUCCCCAACGACCAUGGCUGCUGCCACAGGCCCGGUGGUGCCCACCCUCCCGGUGGUGCCCACAAUUGCUGGGGCGCCCAGCCCAGCUCCCGUGGUUGAAGCUUUGAACCCCAGCGAGGUGAAGCCCCCCACCAGUGGGACCCGAAAAGCCCGGGUGCUCUAUGACUAUGAAGCAGCAGACAGCAAUGAGCUCUCCCUCCUGUCUGAUGAGAUGAUCACUGUGUACAGUCUCCCAGGGAUGGAUCCUGACUGGCUGAUUGGAGAGAGGGGGAAUAAAAAGGGCAAGGUUCCCGUCACCUACUUAGAACUGCUGAGUUAAGCGUGCCUGGCAAGGACCCUUCAAGCAAAUCAGACACCCCCUUCCUUUUUUCUUUUUUUUUUUUGUAAAGGCUGAAACUAAUUCAUUCUGAGAUCACUUGCUGGCACUA